AGGCGCCCCCCACCUGCCCAGCCCGGCCCGCCGCCGCGGGGAGCCGGCCGGCCUGGGGUUCGCUCCCGGGGGGGAGGGCAGUUUCGGGGGUCCCGGGCGGGGGAGUCGCGAGCCAGAGGGGAGGGGGCGGCGGGUUUUCAUGUGCCCAGCAUGAGCUCCUACUUCGUCAACCCCCUGUUCUCCAAGUACAAAGGCGGCGAGUCCCUGGAGCCGGCCUAUUACGACUGCCGCUUCCCGCAGAGCGUGGGCCGGAGCCAUGCGCUGGUGUACGGGCCCGGCGGCUCGGCGCCCGGCUUCCAGCACGCCUCGCACCACGUCCAAGACUUCUUCCACCACGGCACCUCGGGCAUCUCCAACUCGGGCUACCAGCAGAACCCGUGCUCGCUGAGCUGCCACGGAGACGCCUCCAAAUUCUAUGGCUACGAGGCGCUCCCCAGACAGUCCCUUUAUGGGGCUCAGCAAGAGGCGAGCGUGGUGCAAUAUCCCGACUGUAAAUCCUCUGCCAACACUAACAGUAGCGAAGGACAAGGCCACUUAAAUCAAAACUCGUCUCCCAGCCUCAUGUUUCCAUGGAUGAGACCCCACGCUCCGGGGCGGCGCAGCGGAAGGCAAACUUACAGCCGGUAUCAGACCUUGGAACUAGAAAAGGAGUUUCUCUUUAAUCCUUAUUUGACACGAAAGCGCCGGAUUGAAGUCUCUCACGCCCUGGGACUGACUGAGAGACAAGUGAAGAUCUGGUUCCAGAACCGAAGGAUGAAGUGGAAAAAGGAAAACAACAAGGAUAAACUGCCCGGAGCCCGAGAUGAGGAGAAGGUAGAGGAAGAAGGAAACGAGGAAGAGGAGAAAGAAGAGGAGGAAAAGGAAGAAAACAAGGACUGAGCAAAAAGAGAGAGACACCCCCCCCCACUUUAGCAACUCCCUUGAAGUUUGGUUUUAUGGUAGCGGAUAAAUUGAGAAGUUUACGACUGUCAUUUGCUUUUAUAGAGAAUAGAAUGACACUCACAACUCUAACUACCUGUCAGAUACUUGCAGCUCUGGUUUUAUUACCUUUGGACUUCCCCCCAUCUUUAUUUGUUUGGGGGCUGGAGCAGGGGGGAGACGGAAGACACAGCAGAAAGUUCCUCCGAGUCUCCGUCUCAGUCGUGGCCCCAACACACACACACUUGUCCCUCCCCCCAGCCCCCACCUCCACCCCUUCUGAGUCCUCCCUGGAUUUUAAGGUCUGAGACCUGGGCUCUUGGCCCUUCUCCCGGCCCCCUUCUUGCCAUCCCCCCACCUCCCUGCUUCUCUGGUAUUUAUUUUAGAGGGGAGCCCUCCCCCCCUCAAAAUGCGGAAGAAGACUCGUGGCUUUGUGUUCAUGCUAGGACUAGUGUGUUAGAUUGACUUUUUUUUUUUUUUUUUCCCCAAAGGAAAGAAAAAGCGA